GCCGUCUCCGCUGUCGGAUAUGGUGCGCUCACUGGCGGACGCCUCGGGGGCUGUUUACUCUCUGCGUGUCCAAAAGUCAUGGAUGAACCCACCGAUGAACAAACAUACAAUAUUUGUUCGUUCAGUCUGUCAAAUCUGCGCCUCUGUUGCAAAGAAACCCGUGUCGCUGUGGAAUAAUUUCAACAGGGGAGGAGAGGGAAUAUUGACAGGGUGAGGUUUGGAGCCCAAAGCUAGGUGGACCUUCACACUGUCUCCUGUGGUCAGCCCUUGUGAUCUGGUGUCAAAAUGAGUUCACGACGGGGAGACAUUCCAGCACUCGAGUCUGGAACAUCAUCCGGUCUCUUUGGCGCCUUUUCGUCUCCCAUUGGAAUGACUCGGCACAAUGUAAGCUAUGAUGAGCUGAUGGAUGCCACCAUGCAUUCACCACCUCCAGACCUGACUGUCAACAUGUUAUGGAACAACCCUGUCAUCCCAAAGCACAAGUUCAGGAAGACUGCAGAGGAAGGCAAGGUUGAUGGGAAGCUGCUGACCUUUGAGGCACCAUCGCCAGUCAAGUCCCCAGUGCCCGUUGUGAAAGCCAAAGCCACCUCCUUAGUGAGCACCCUGAUGAUCAAGCAGACCCAGGAGAGCCUCCAGAAGUUCGAGCAGCAGGCAGGGCUCACUGAUGCCGGGUAUUAUCCCCACAAGGGUCUCUCUGCUGAGGAGACACACUUUCACCGGCUGGGGGACGGCACAGUGCCAAAGUUGAGAAUGCCAAGCGGGGACUUCAAGGAGGACAGGUGUACAACAUCAACACAAUCCACCCCAAGUGUCACCCCUUCUGUCACCCCCAGUGUCACCCCCUGUGUUACUCCCCACACAUCACCGGCUGUUAGUCGCAGGAGCUGGUUCCAGCUGAAUUCUGCGUCUUUUCUUGCCACCCCGGAGCUUAAUUGUCCCAAACCCAGCACAGACAUGGGAGGAAAUGAGGGUGGAGGAGGAGGAGGAGGAACAGACAGGUGGAGCUUCUUUGGAACUCGACCCGUGGUACAGAAGUCCCCCACUGACCCAGGCUGUGAAACCAGCACAGGCUUCUCACUGCAGUCCUAUUUCGGCAUGCAGAAGUCCUCCACCAUGGAUGGCACCAACACCCAGGUCAGCUUCAAGGUGGACGACCCUGCCAAUUUCAUGCCCCCCAAGAUUGACAUCUCGGGCAUUGAGGCCAAGCAGGCACCCACACGGCCGCACAAACUUAAACCUCGGGACAUGAAUGUUUUAACACCCUCAGGCUUCUGAAGACGGAGCCACUGUGUCGUAACACCUCUGUACCAUAUCUUUAAUAGUUUUCUAUUCUCCGAUUGGUUUGCUCACUUGCUUUCUUGUCUUCCACUGUCCCUUCUGCCUCCCUGCAAACUCACUGAGGCUGAGAGGAAAGAAGACCACCAUGUAGUGUUAGCUCACCAGCCCCACAGACAACCCCCCACUGUUACUCCUCCCAGCGGACCAACUCCGAUGGAUUUCCAUCUGCUAUUAGUCCACACCGUCCCCUUCCUAUCGCCUCCAAAUCCAACACCAUAUCAAGUCAUUUCAUUUGUCACCCCUAAAGGGAGUAUUGCUUUGUAGUGUUAUUGUUGUUCGGCACAUAAUGGGUGCAUUGACGUGCAUUGCCUUGCUGUCCUUGUUCAAUUGUCAAUGAUGGCAUGAGAUUGAAGUUGAAAUAUUUUGUCAGUCCUUUUGCUCUAGCUAAUCACUUUAGCAUUGCCUCUCGUACAUCUGACCAGCUAUUUCAAUUAAUAAUGCUCAGUUGCCUCAUUUCUUUUAUUAUUUUAUUUUGAAUAAGCUCACAGAUUUGUAGUUGUGUAGUCCUUUCCUGUGUUAGCAUGCUGGGUAUAGUGUGGGAUGACUGAUAUGUGCCUCAACUUGCAGCAUGUUUGCUUAAUUGCGUUCUUGUCAUCAAAGUACAGUUUUUUUUUUUUUUUUUUUUUUAUUAUUGAAUGAAAGAGCAUCUUAUUUUGCUUUGUGAGAGUAUGACUGACCUCAAGUGAAUUUUUAAAAAAAAUAUAUAUAUUUCAACUUAAUCAACAUUGAUAAUUCUAAAUGGUGUUUCACAUUUUUAUAUGCAUCACAAAAUUGUUUCAACGUGCUAUGAAAAUACAAAGCAUUGAAGUGUUACAAUUUUCUAUUUUGCAUUUCCUGAGUCGCAAUAUAAGAAUCCCUGCUGUUUUAUUUGAAAAAGUUGAUGAAUUCCAGUAAGUACAUGCACAAGGGAGAUGGUCUCCCACUUACAUCUGUAAAUAAAUCUGAUAAUAACAUGCAAA